UUGGUUAAACAAAGAAGUCCCACAAGAAGUUAGACAUUGUUCUCAAACAAGUUGAAACUGGUCCAAAAACUGUUAUGCAAUGCAACAGCCCAGACUGUCUGCUUUAAUGUGAAACGAUACUUUGGGAACACAGCGGGAAAGGAGAAGUGAAACCUGUUUUUGGCAGGACUUAAAAAGAAGUGAAAUUGGUGUAACAGACGCCAGACGAGAGAAGCACAUUUUGGGACAACAUCACUUCAUAACGAGGGACAAAAGAGUCCCACACUGGCGGUUUGAAAAUGCUCGCACAUCGAAACGGUUUCAGUCUGUGGCUUCUGGUGCUUCUCUGUGUCUCUGGAAGUGCAAUGAGAUUGAGCAUGUUCGGUGACGAAAGCAGGAGAAAUCCCGCGCCACGGGAGGGUGAUGUGAGGCUGUUUGGAGGCGGUGUCUCGGAGGGCCGUGUGGAAAUCUAUCAUGAUGGGAAAUGGGGAACGGUGUGUGACGACGGCUGGGACAUGGCUGAGGCCCACGUGGUGUGUCGUCAGCUCCACUUCCCCGGAGCUAACGUUGUUGUCUUUGGGGAAAACUAUGGAAAAGUGUCUGGACCUAUUUGGCUUGAUGACUUGUCAUGUCAAGGCACAGAGAGCUAUCUGUCAAAAUGUGCUUUCACAAGCUGGGGAGCAACUGACUGCUCCCACAAAGAGGACGUUGGAGUUAUUUGUGAAACAAGCAACUCAAACCUGACGAAAAGUGAUUCUCUUCACUCGCUGGACCGCAGCAUCAGUCUCUCUGAUGAGCGCGGCCAAAUCUUUGACAGCAGUAACGGCUGUGACUUCCUGAUCUUAGUCCAGAGUACUUCUGAAAACGUACAGGACGACGGGACCCAGGAGGUGGUUGAGACACCGAUAUGUGCACACAAACAUAUACUUUCACAAUUCCCGCUCUUCAAUGCUUCGGAGGGUAUCAAUAACAUCACGGUGAACGUCAGCCAGUCUUGCCAACCUCAUGUCACCACCUUCAUCAGGUACAUUUACACCCGCAAGGCGGAUAUUGCCUUCUCAUCCCUGCAGUGCCUCCACUGGUUAGCUUACACGUUUGGGGUAGAGGAGCUGAUGGAGGACACAGGUCGGCUGUUCUCUAAAAUCCUACCAGAGGAUGCCUCGUUCCAAACCCAGGUGUCCCUUUACAAAUAUGCAGUGGAGACUGGGGACUUUGUCCUGGAGGAGAACUGUCUUCAGUAUCUGGCCUGGAACUAUCAAAAUCUGACCAUGUCCCCUGCUUGGACCCACAUCUCCAUUCAGCUCCUUGGAUCCCUUCUGCUCCGCUCAGACUUGGUGGUGCCAGAUGAAUACGUUCUACUUCAAACUGUGGAGAGCUGGAUCGAAGAGAAGGGCAACUUGACCCCUUUGGACACCCAGCAUGACCUGUUGAGUCGCAUUCGUUUCCCUAUGAUCCCCGCUGAAGCACUGUAUGACCUGGAGUUCAACUCUUCUCUCUACAGUUCUCAUAAGAAUUUGUAUCAGGAAAACCUCUUAGAAGCAUACCAGUUUAAUGUGCUGCUCUUCAGCAAUCUCAAGUCCAACCCAAAGUUCAGCACAGACAAUGAUCAUUACCAGACAAGGAUCUACACCGCUCAGCCCUGGAGCACUGUAAUAACUGCUGCAAUAACUCCAUUGAUGACUAGGUAUAACAAUCAUUACCAAUACAAUCAAUUCCAAACCCAGCUUAACGUACCUAUCCACAACAGCCUGAUCUUCAAGAACAACCGGAUCAGUUGGGGGGUUAAUAUCUUGAGAAACCAACAAGAAUGUUCAAACCAAGGCUUGAGGUGCAGCUCAUUCCCUGUGGCAAGGCUGUAUCCCCAAGAACACCCCCAGAACCAACACAUCCUGUUUCGUAACCGGCUGCUGCUGAUGUGCCAAGGCAAGUACAUCUGUCAGAUUCAGGACUUCAAGGACAACAUGGCUUACAUCAGUGUGAAUGAGACCCAGGGUCUCACCUUUCCCUGUCCUGAUGACCAGUUCUCCUACCACUUUGUAGUGAGACCAGGGUAUGUCUGAUCCAAGGCUGAUCAAUUUGUCAUCUUUUUCUUCAAUAUAGAAUAAUGAAGCUACGAAUACUGUGAUUUUUCCCUAAUUACUCUCUGUUGAUUAUAUACACUUAGCUGUGCUUUAUUUCAAGUAUCCUUUCCUGAUUAUUUUUUAAAUGGCAAAUAAAUAAAGUGAUCUCUAUAUCA